AUGUUCAGCAGGUUGAAGAGGCUGGUGGGGGCCCCUGAACCCCCGGGCCCCCAGGCUGCUACUGACCCCCCCACUGGACCUGCUCCACCUCCCAAGAAAGAAGAAGUGAAGAAGGAAGAAGAACCCAAGAAAGAAGAGUCCAAACCAGCUCCGGCUCCAGCUCCUGGUCCUGGUCCUGCUAAUCCAGAUGGGGCUGAAGGUGAAGAAGCUCCGCCUCCUCCACCUCCACCUGUCGUCUACUCCCGUUUCGCUGAUGAUACUGUGAGGGCUUUGGUGAAAAAUCUCAAAGAACGGAAAGAGUUAUUCAUGGACAAAGUCAUUGACCCGUACGCCACAUCUCCAGAAAUCACUCCACCUGUCACGCCUAUCCUGAAGAAAGAAGACUACAUCCGACUGAAGGAAGAGGAACGCAUAGCGAAGGAAGAGGCCGAUAAAAAGAAGGCGGAGGAGGCGGCCAAGAAGGCCGAGGAGAAGAAGAAGAAGGACGAGGAAAAAAGACUGGAAGCUGAGAAGAAGGCGGAGGAGGAGAGGCUGGCGGAGGAGGCCAGGAAGAAAGCCAAGAUCCUCCCGGAGAUCCACUGCUCCUGCUUCGACGCCCUCUUCCACCCCAUCGAGACCAAGAUGGACUCCAUCCUGGGAACCACCAUCGACCCCUUCACAGAUCGUCGCUACAUCGCCUGGUUGGCGUUGGUCGCUAUUGCGUACAACUACAACGCAUGGCUCAUCACCGCUCGCCUCACCUUCCCCUACCACGAUCCGGCCUGGAACCACCGCUGGGUGUUCUUCGACAUCCUCAGUGACUUAGUGACCGUCAUCGACAUUGUGGUUUGGCAGCCGAGGCUUCAGUUCGUCAAAGCUGGAGACAUCAUCAAAGAGAGAGCUCUGACUAAGGUCCACUACCGGAAAUCCCAGAGGUUUAAGACAGACAUAAUCAGCGUCCUGCCCUUUGACCUCCUCUGCCUGCACUUUGAGUUCUCCGCCGUUUACAGACUCAACCGCUGCAUCAGGAUUGAGUCUUUCUUUGAGUUCAGCUUCCGAUUUGAGAGCAUCCUGGCCAAAGCCUACAUCUGGAGAGUGACUCGUACGACCGGUUACCUCCUGUUCGCGCUCCAUGUCAACGCCUGUGCGUUCUACGUGGCCUCCGUUCACCAGGGCCUCGCCUCAACCACAUGGGUCUACGACGGGGAAGGCUCAGCGUACAUUCGUUGUUACUACUUCGCAGUCCGAAGUCUCAUCAACAUCGGCGGUCUUCCGGAGCCUGUGACCGUCUUCGAGAUCGUCUUCCAGAUGGCCAACUUUUUCAUUGGUGUCUUCGUGUUCUCCAGUUUGAUCGGACAGAUGAGAGACGUCAUAGGGGCCGCCACAGCUGCUCAGACAUAUUUCCGGGCGUCGAUGGACGGCUGUGUGGAUUACAUGAACACAUAUACGAUCCCCAAGUACGUCCAGAACAGAGUACGGACCUGGUACAACUACACCUGGGCUGCUCAGGGCAUGCUGGAUGAAUCCGAGCUGCUGGAUAAGAUGCCUCUGGUCAUGAGAACUGCCAUCGCUGUUGACAUCAACUUGGUGACGUUUGAGAAGAUCGCACUGUUUCAGGGAUGCGACCGGCAGAUGUUGGUGGAUAUGUUACUGCGGCUCAAAUCCAUUAUCUACCUCCCUGGAGACUUUGUUGUCAAGAAAGGCGACAUCGGUAAAGAAAUGUACAUCAUUAAAAGUGGAGCAGUGCAGGUUGUCGGAGGACCUGAUAAUAGUAUCAUAUUUGUCACCCUGAAGGCCGGUUGUGUAUUUGGAGAAAUCAGUUUACUACAAUCUGCCAAAGAUGGAGGGAACAGACGCACCGCUAACGUCAAAGCUCACGGCUUCGCUAACCUCUUUGUCCUGGAGAAGAAAGACCUGUUUGACAUCCUGGUCCAUUACCCGGAGUCUCAGAAGGUCUUGGCCAGGAAGGGAAGGAAGUUGAUCAAAGCGAAGGGUCCUGCAGCUGCUAAAACCAAUGAAGAAAAAGUCAAAGGUUUAGCGCUGUUUGGCCAGAAACCACCAACACCCAAGCUGCUCAAAGCCUUCGGGAAUUUACGUAAAGGAGCUGUGAAAGACAAAGCCAAGAAAAGGGAGGACGGAGAGAAGUAA